AUGAAUUAGAAAUUGCAAACAGAGCUGGCUUCCUCAUCCGUUCCUCUUCAUUAAGAUCAAAUUUAAUAAAAAAGCUAAGUUACAAGUUAAUUUAUUAGAAAAAAACGCAAGCUAUAAUCAGCACAAUAGUUUAAAUCAUAAAGUAAAAUAAAUUUUGAAUAGGUUAACAAUAUUUCUAGCUCUAGUAAAAAGUUAUUAUCAAGCAAAGAAAGUAAAGAAAGCAUAUUAAAUUUUCAAUAAGGAUAUUUUGAAAGAGCUGAAACUCCUUCAGAAGGUUUGUUUGAGGAUAAUAAACUUGUUCAGCAGGUAUUUGUUCGUAGUUCUUUAACAUUAAAUAAUAGCAGUAAUUUAAGCCCUGUAAAAUAACAAAUAUGUUAAAAAAGUACCAAUGAAAACUCUUUCAUGAAUAUACAAUAGCAAAUUGAACCUAUUUAAAUCAAAAUAAACAAAUAAAAUUCGAAAGGAUCUAGCUUCUCCACUUUAGAUGGAAAGAAAGCUACUGAAAUAGUGAAUUAAUCAAUAUAAAAUUCUUUAAAAGUUGAAAUAAAAAUUUAGAAUAUAAAAGGAGAUGAUGAUGAUAAUAAUAAUAAUUAAAGUUUAUCUAAUAAACCUAAAAAUGUAAUUGAAAUAUAUAAAAUGUCUAAUUCAAAAGAAAAGGGAUAACAACAAAAUAACUAUGUUUAAGAUGAUAUUUAAUAAUUUUAGACAAUUCAAAAAAUUAAAAACUAAGGAUUUAAUGUGAUUAGUAAUUUAUUAGAUUAAUAGAAAUCAAAUGCUAGAUCAAAUAGAUACUCUUAUAGUUAAGAUUUAUCUGGUUAAGUGUAAGGGAGAUCAAAUUAAAACUCUUUAGAAUGCAAAAAUUUUAAAUUAGCUGAUAAUUCCUAAAAAAUAAUAGGCGAAGAUAAUCUAAAGUAAAGCAAGCACACACUUAAAGAGGAAGAAUAGUAAUAAUAAAUUAAUAUUUAAUAUAAUAGCUAAAGAAGAGAUAUUUCAAAUAAUUAUAGAGAAUACCUAAAAAAUAAGCUUCAAUACAGCUACCCUCCUUAAAUUUAGCAAUAGAUGGAGUAUUAAGAAGAAGAUCACUAACGUAUACUGAAGGGUGGAAUAAUUGUAGGAAAGUAAGUUUAAAGAACUCGUAAAAAUACAUCGUAUGGAAAAGGCAUUUCUGUUUUUGAGAAUUUGCUUUAAAGAAAACAAUUAUAAAUAAAUUAGUCUCAAAAUGCACAAGAAUAAAAGAAAUUAGUUAAUAAAUAGAAUUAGGUUAACUUUACCCAAAGUUUCUACUAGAAUUUAAUUAAAUAAUCUAAAAGACUAAAUAACUUAAUUAACUAGCAAGAAUAGGAUUGGAAUAGAAAGUAAAAAUAUAUAAAUUUGCAUACAAAAAGCAAUCAAGAAUCUUUAACAUCAACUAAAUAAUAUAAUAACUUAGAAGCAAAUUUAUAACAAUAACUUAGUAGUUCUAAGGAGAAAUUUUAAACAAAUGCUUAUCCUUAAUCUUAAUAGUUAUGUCAAAAUUAUAGUUUUAAAAAUGAUUAAGAAUGUAAGGAGAACAUUAAUUGCUCAUUAGUAAACGUAGAAUAAGAUAUUUUAGGAGAAACACAUAGAAGCACAUAAGAUGUUAAUGAAAUAUUCAAUAAUUAAUUAAUAAUCAAUCAAGCAUAAUAAAGUAGUACUCUUGAAAUACAAAGCUAAAAAGCAAAAAUGUAAAAUAUUGAAAGACCUUAUAGUUAAUCUUUAAAUCGUUCUAAAAAAUAAAAAAAUGCUUUUGAUGAAAACAAUUAGAUAUCAUAUGAAUAGUAAUACUUAUACAACUUUAAAAAGAAGUAAAAUCUUUACAUAAACCCAGAAUCGAAUUAAAGCUAGCAAGAAAUCAAUGAUUCUGUAAACUCUGUUUCAAGUAGUUUUACCGAUAAGGUUAUCAAACACUUUAGAUUUUCGAAUACUAUGAAAAAUAGUGAAGUAAAAAAUCUAACCUCUUUACAGCAGCAAAACAAUGUUCAAUAAGAUUGUUAAGUGAAUAAUUUUUUAGUAAUCUAAGAUCAAAAGGAUGCAGAAAGCUCUAAUGAUUAAAUUAUUGAACAUAAAAUAGUUAAUGAAAACUCAUUUCUUAAAAAAGAUAGCAAACAGAGCUUAAAUAAAUGCUCCUUCACAUCAAAGACUUCUAAUCUAUUUGACAAAAACAAUUUUAAAAAAUAUAAAUUACAAAAUAACGAAUCAAGUAAUAAUAACAGCUUCCAGAGGAUUCCUAAUAAGAAAAUAAUAAGUCAAAGAGGAUCAUUAAGUAUACCUUACUCCAAUAGAACCGGAGAAACACUGCCACAUUAAUUUUAUCAUAUUUAAAAUAUCUAAGAUAAGAGAAGAUCACUGUGCAUAGAAUCUUAGAGGAUUAUUAAUACAUCAAAGAAUAACAAAAGUUCCUAUUCAAUAUCGCCUGAUAAAAAAAUUUAAUUAACAUCUAAUAAAAAAAUAUAAAACUACGUAUCUGAAUUAGUUAACAAAUACAGUCAUUAAUAUAAAAUGGAUGAAGAGUGUGGUCCCUGGGCUGAUGAUGACGAAGACGAUAUAAACGAUGUGGCAGCUGUAUCUUGA